UCACCGUCCAUUCGUCUUGUCGCCGUGUCGGCGCCGUCAGUUCCUCCGUCUUCUUCUGAGACUGGCGGUCGGCGAUUUCGUGGCUCCAUCGAUGUGGUUUCCAUAUCCUGCGCCAUGGAUCGCGCAAUCGAUAUUUUCAAGUUGUCGCAGUUGAAACAGUCAUGGGUGAUUAAUCGAUAUGCGUUGGAGUCUUUUGAGGAAGCGUUGAUGGAUUCUUCUGAGAUUGAAGAGAAGUUUUCUAUUGUUGGCGAUGCGAAGUUGCAUGGAGGAUUGUGUAAGAUACUCUCUUUGAUUGUUGGUAAAGUGCUGGAGAUCUUUCCGUUUAUUGAAGCUUCAAGACCUCGAAGCAAAUCUGGAAUACAAUCACUUUGUGCAUUACAUGUAGCGCUUGAUAGAGCAAAAAGUCUUCUUCAGCAUUGCUCGGAAUGCAGCAAACUUUAUUUAGCCAUUACUGGCGACUCUAUUCUCAUGAAAUUUGAGAAAGCAAGAAGCUCUCUCCUAGACAGUCUUACACGUGUUGAGAACAUUGUCCCACAAAAUAUUGGUUGUCAGAUCCUGGAGAUCGUUAAUGAGCUCGAAAGUGUUGUAUUUGAGCUUGAUCAGUCGGAGAAGCAGAUUGGAAAUGAUGUGAUUUCAUUACUUCAGAAAGAAAGGAAAGGAAACAGUAGUCCAAAUUGUAACGACGAACUUGAAAUCUUCCACCAAGCUGCAUCAAGGCUUGGCAUCACUUCUUCCCGUGCCGCACUUGUUGAGAGAAGAGCUCUCAAGAAGCUCAUUGAAAGAGCUCGUGCUGAGAAUGAUAAACGUAAGGAAUCCAUAGUCUCUUAUCUCAUGCAUCUUCUGCGAAAGUACUCGAAGCUUUUCAGAGGUGAGAUUUCAGAUGAUACUGAUUCCCAGGGAUCCGCUCCUUGCUCUCCUACCAUGUUAGGAUCUCUAGAUGAUAUUUCUAGAUCAGGCGGGCUUGGUCAAGCAUUUGAUAAACAGAUCAGUAGUCCCAGUUCUUUCAACUCCAAGCAGAGCGGUGUGAUAUUUGGAGACUUGCCCGUACCUCCCGAGGAGUUGAGAUGCUCCAUCUCGUUUCAGCUCAUGUACGACCCGGUCAUUAUUUCGUCCGGACAAACAUACGAACGUGCUUGCAUCGAGCAGUGGUUCAAUGUUGGGCAUCGUACCUGCCCCAGAACUCAGCAAAAGUUGUCUCACCUUUCAUUGACUCCAAAUUAUUGCGUCAAAGGCUUGAUUGCUAGUUGGUGCGAACAAAAUGGCGUCCCCAUUCCUGAUGGUUCUCCAGAGCCUCUUGAAUCUGAUUACUGGAGACAUUUAUUAUCAGAAUCUGAGGCAACAGAUAGGAAUUCAUGCUCGCUCAAAGAGACGGAGAUAGCUCCGUUCGAUGCCAGCAGCUCCCUUCAGGAGACCUUAGAGGGCGAGAUGGGUGGUUUCAAUGAUGGAUGUUGUCAAGCUUUUGAAGAGGAUGGUCUUCAGAUAUACGAGAGCUUGCUUGCUGUGCUUUAUGGAAGCGAGAGCAUGAGUAGAAAAUGCGAAGCAGUGGAGCAAAUAAGGUUACUAUUGAAGGAUGAUGAGGAAGCGAGAAUAUAUAUGGGUGCAAAUGGUUUUGUUGAGGCCCUCGUCCAGUUUUUGAAAUCAGCAAUUGAGGAAGGGGACGAGAAGGCUCAGGAAAUUGGUGCCAUGGCUCUUUUCAACAUUGCUGUCAACAAUAACAGGAACAAGGAAAGUUUGUUGUCUUUGGACACAAUUCCGCUCCUACAGAGAAUGAUCUCCAAGCCUUCAACUCAGCAGUUUGCCACUGCUGUCAUCCUCAACCUCUCUUUCCUUGAUGAAGCUAAACCCAUCAUUGGCUCGAGCCACGCCAUUCCAUUCCUUGUUCAGUCCCUGCAAUCUGACGGCUUCCAUAUCAGCUCUGGUAAGCAUGAUGCGUUGCACACCCUCUACAACCUUUCCACUCAUCCUUCCAACAUCCAACCUCUCCUCGACUCCAGCAUCGUCAAUGCUCUCUUAGCCCUACUUACCUCGAGUCCUCAAGACGAGGAAGGCUCUGCAUGGACCGAGAAAGUGCUUACCGUCUUCAUAAACAUAGCUUCAACACAAGCUGGAAAGCGAGAGAUGGUAUCAACACAAGGCCUGAUUGCUAACCUUGCCAUGAUUCUGGACACUGGCGAGCCAUUGGAGCAAGAGCAGGUUGUCUCCUGCCUUCUAAUUCUAUGCAAUGGUGAUGACAGUUGCAGCCACGCGGUUCUUCAAGAAGGUGUAAUACCAGCACUGGUUUCAAUAUCCGUUAGUGGUAGCACCAAAGGAAGAGAGAAGGCUCUGAAGCUGCUGCAGCUGUUUAGGGAGCAACGGCAUCUGCUAAGUUCGGUUUAUCUGGUUGGACAUCUAGGUAUUCCUGGUGAUGGGAGAUGUUUGUUCAGAGCAGUGACUCAUGGUGCCUGCUUGAGAGCAGGCAAACCAACACCAAGUGAAAACCUCCAAAAGCAGCUAGCUGAUGAACUGAGAAAUAAAGUUGCAGAUGAAUUUAUACACAGGCGAGCUGAGACAGAGUGGUACCUUGAAGGUGACUUUGACCGUUAUGUUAAUCAGAUCAGACAGCCUCAUAUUUGGGGAGGAGAGCCAGAGCUGAUAAUGUGUUGUCAUGUUCUCAGGAUGCCAAUAACAGUUUAUAUGCAUACUAAGGGAUCUGAAGGGCCUAAUGUUAUAGCAGAAUAUGGUCAGGAAUAUGGAAAUGAGGAUCCAGUUCGUGUUUUAUACCAUGGCUAUGGACAUUAUGAUGCACUGCAGCUUCCUCUUGGCAGAGCACAACCUAAAUUGCAUAUGAAAAGAUGAAUUAAUCUGGACAAAAGAUCUUAUAUAGCUUAUGCAUGAUUCGAAGAGGGGCUGUCGGUACUUUGUAUCAACAAAUUCAAUCAAAUUUGUAGCGUUGUCUGCUUAUGCAACACUAAUAUUUAAUGUUACAAAUUUUAUGGUUAUUUCGAACUUUGUACCGUCAAGGACUAAAUAUCGACAUUUUGCCAUUUCAUUCUGGGAUGGCUUCCUGUUAUAUAUUAUUUGGGUUGGGUUU